UAUUUUGACAGUACAGUAAACUUUGAUGUAGCUUGUAGGAGACUUUUGUGGGGUAAAUUUAUUAAUGCAGGUCAAACGUGUGUUGCCCCUGAUUUCGUGUUAUGUACAAAAGAUACUCUUGAGAAGCUAAUACCUGCCAUGAAAAAAGUCUUGAAAGAAUAUUUUGGUGAAAAUCCCAAAAAUUCUCCUGAUCUUGGACGAAUACUGAAUGAAAGACAUUUCAAUCGUUUAUUAGGUUUAAUGAAAGACGCCAAUGUAGCAAUCGGAGGUGAUCAUGAUAUUUCAAUAAAGUAUAUUGCACCCACUGUGAUGUCAAAUGUUAAACUGACUGAUCCUGUAAUGCAAGAUGAGAUAUUCGGACCACUUUUACCAAUAGUUACAGUAGAAAGUCUUGAUGAAGCUAUUGAUAUUAUUAACAGCAGGGAUAAAGCAUUGACUUUAAAUAUCUAUUCUAAAAAUCCAAAGACGAUUCGCAAAAUUAUCGAAGGCACAUCAAGUGGAAGUGUGUGUGUCAAUGAUUCGAUUGUAAACCUCUCUAUUGAAGCUCUUCCUUUCGGCGGAGUGGGUAAAAGUGGUAUGGGUGCAUAUCAUGGAAAAUACUCUUUUGAUACAUUUUCUCACAAAAAGGCUGUAUUGAUUCGAAACUACUCCAUGAUUGGAGAAAAACUUGGAGAAGCUCGAUAUCCACCUUAUUCAGAAAGCGGUGAAAAGUUUUUAAGAAGAUUGUUAAAGAAUAGACCUGGCAUUAUUCCUUCUCACAUGGAUUAUGUUGGAGUGUUCCUGAUUGGUUUUGCUUCUGCAAUUAUACUGAAAGUCAUACUACAUUUUGCUGGUGUCUCGUACUUUUAGCUUUCUGAUCAGAAAAUGUGUCUUGUGUCCAAUCCUUUUGGAAAAGAUAAAUUUUCAGCAUAUUUUAUUGUAUAAGAUCUUUUGUUUUUAAUUUGACAAAAUAAGAAUUAUAUGCUUACUUGACAAACAUUGCAUGAUGUUUUAUAUAAACUAUUAGCUAAAAUUUGUUGAAAUCAUUUAAUAUCAUGUUGAAGAUUUAGUUUAUUGCUGUGAUAUAAGCUCUUUAGUUAUUUUCCCUAAUUGUUGUGUAUAAUGUUGUCUAAAAGUUUUUCUUCUUCACAAUAUGUUUUAUUACAUAUGCUAGCGGCAUAAAUAUUUAUUACAAUGUUGUUAAAGCUAAUUCAUUGUAAUUAAAUAACAAUAUUUUUAUGAUUUUAAGAUAAGCAUGUAAAUAAACUGUAUUUUCUUUUUAAUAUCCAUUUUAAAAAAGUAUUUUGUUCUCUCCCAUUUUCUUUAUAUAUAUAUAUUUAAGCAAAUUUACAUAUAUGUGACAAUAAUUUAAUGGUAUUAUGUCAGUUUAAAGUUACAUAUUACAUUUAAUUUAAUCACAAUUUUAAUGUGCCAUGUAUAAUGUAUUAAAAUAAGAAUAUUAAGGUGCAAUUUGAUUCAGCUGACAACGUACAUUCUUAUUCGAAUCGCAAUAAUGAUGUUUAUGUGAUUAAAUAUAUCUAACUAGUAUACAUGAUUCAGUCUUUCUUUAUUGUAUAUAUAUUUCUAAUGUCUAAAAAUAUUUUUAUACUAUGCUUGUAUAAAUAUGUGCUCUUGUCUUUUUAUAUUUGAACACAAUAAAGGAUUAUAUCGAAA